ACAAAGUGAUUUGCUUGGCUCCCUUUACAGCGCAAUUUUGAGGGUUUUGGAAUGGCAGUAUUGAAACCCUUUCUUCAAUCCCCCAAACCCUGUGGAAUUCCAUCACUCUUCAUCUCAAAGUCCCAAAUUUCCACAAUAAUAACUCCCAAAACUUCUUCAGUCUCAGUUUCUGUUGCUACCAGUGACCGCUACCCAUCUCUUAAGCGGUCUUGCUCUACCAGAAACUCAACUCCUUCAACGGAAUCAGACACUUCUUCAACUGGGGUUUUCAUCAAAGGACUGCCGGAUUCAACGACGGAGGGCCGCUUGAAGAAGGCAUUUUCACAGUUUGGGGAAGUUGUCCAAGUUAAAAUUGUUGUAGAGAAAAAGUUUAAGCAGCCUUUAGGAUCUGCAUUUGUUUGGUUCACAAAUAAAGAGUCUGCCCAACUGGCCGUAAAAGAAAUGAACGGUGAGUUUUUUGAUGGCAGGUUUAUCCUGGUUAAGAUUGCAGAGCCAGGGUUGUCGAAACGUAAAGGGAGGCUGACACCCUACAAGUUCUAGUUCAAUUUUGUUAAUACUUUUGCAGUUGAUUGUUGAAGCAGAGAAGAAUAUAUGGAGUAGCUGAUUUAAAUAUAUUAGUCAUCUAAAAUAAGAUUAGGUAAUACUUGAUGAAGUUUUGGGAUGCCAGUUCCAGUACAGUGGAAAAGUAUAUGCAUUUUCAGCAUUUUUAGUUC